CAGUACUAUUACUUCUUCUUACAUCGUCAAGAUGUCGUUGUACAUCGAGGCACUCCGCCAAGUCUUUCCUGGAAAGCCCACCUACACCGAAAAAGACAUACCGGACUUGUCUGGGAAGGUAUACGUCGUGACUGGCGCGAACACGGGAAUCGGCAAAGAAGUUGCCCGGGUCUUGUUCUCUAAAAAUGCGGCCGUUUGGGUAGCGGCGCGAAACGAGGAAAAGGGCCGGGAUGCGAUUCGAUCUAUCCGGGAAGCACAUCCUUUGUCCACGGGAAGGCUAGAAUUUCUACUCCUGGAUUUGAGCGACCUAUCAACCAUCAAGAAAUCGGCUGAGUCAUUCCUAGCAAAAGAGACACAGCUGCAUGUCUUGUAUAAUAAUGCCGGGGUCAUGAUGCCUCCUCAGGGGAGCAAGACGGCUCAGGGAUACGAAUUGCAGCUAGGUACCAAUUGCCUGGGACACUUCCUUUUCACCAAGCUUCUCACGCCGACGUUGGUCGCGACGGCAAAGGCAUCUCCUAAGGGUAGCGUUCGCGUUAUUUGGGUAUCGUCAAGCGCAGCUGAACUUCUCUGUCCCGUGGGAGAAGGCAUCGAUAUGGACAACCUCGACAACACGCACGACAUAUUCUACGCGUAUAGAUACGGCGUCAGCAAGGCCGGGAAUGUGUAUCAGUCGACCGAGUACGCUCGAAGGCACCGCGAGGACGGGAUCGUCAGCCUUUCUUUGAACCCAGGCAACCUCGCCUCAGAACUUGAUCGCUACUGCAAUCCGAUCGAAAUGCUUUAUCGGAAACUGACCGUGUAUCCCGUUAUCAAUGGAGCAUACACAGAAUUGUUCGCCGGCCUCUCGAACGAGGUGACGCUCGACAGAUCAGGCGAUUGGAUCGUUCCAUGGGGACGGUUUGCCGAUAUUCGCAAGGAUAUUCUCCAAGGAUCAAAACCCCAGUCGGAGGGCGGCACCGGUAUUGCGCAGAAAUUCUGGGACUGGAACGAGGAACAAGUAAAGGCUUAUGUAUGAUUGAAGCCUACCUGGCCAGCCUGGCAUAAUUAUUUUCAUUUUUAUUCGACGAGAAGAACGGGCAGCAGCAUUGCAUAGGAGAAUAUAGUAUUCGGAACUCCACCGACCUUUGCGACACCUGCAUACGCUGUAGCUGCGUAAGAUUGACCAAUCCGAUGGAGUCGGGACGCUUGUCGCCGAGGGUUCUUUGAUUCCCUAGGUACAUACCUAGUACCUACCUGAAGUCCCUUCCCUUUCAUGCAGCUUACCGAGCCGGGUAGGAGGGUGCCUGAGACCGACAAGGACUUGACUAGGAGAAACAUGUUGGCUAGGUAGUAUUAGAAACACUUACGUAUUUAGUAUUGAACCC